GCACCCUCGGCUGACAGGGUACACUAAAUGAAGGAUAUCCCCCAUAAUUCAGAGCGUAUUAUCUAGCAGGCACUCGCAAGACCGAACUAGAGUAGCUCGACGUGCUACCGAGCUAUCGGUGCUUAAAAUAAAAGCUGAAAACAUUCUGCCUCCCUGAAGAAAGACUGUCCCUUUUGAGGUAGACUGUCAUCAUUCUUUUCACCUUCGCCUGAAAAACGCCAUCCGACCACGGCAGAGAAAACAGUUUUUAAAUAGACCACCAGCUUGGUUCUGUAUCUUGAGUUGUCUGAACUCGGCACCACAGACCACGGCGUCUUUUUGAGCACCAUGUCACAGAAAAACCCAUCUGACGGUGGUCAGAAGGGCUUUGCCGUGGGCCGGGGGCUCCUGGCAGCAGCAGAAACCUUGAACUAUAGCAUGAACGAGCAACGAUCUGGGCCGCAGGGCCGGUCAAUGGGGAACAUGGUUUCUGGCAUGGGGCUUGGUAGUGGUGUGGACAGCCAGGACCGCAACUCCCAGAUGGCUCGUCGUGGCGGUGGAAGCCAUCUUGGCAGCACCAUGAAGCUGUUCGCCAGCUUAGGGCUGUCGCCGGCGGACCUCGACGCCCUCGCACAGAUCCCUGAAGAGAACAUCAGUGUGGAGACCCUGCCCCACAUACUCAUGCAGCUUAAGAGUCGGAAGGGCGACGCCGGAGACAGGCACAUGGCCGGCAGAGACCUACCUUCGAUGUCCCCCGAGACCUCCUACCGUGGAGGCAGGGAAGACUGGGACGACAUGCAUGGGGGGAGGAUGGGUGGGCCUUCCAUGGGGCAGACUUCAGCCCGUGGCCAAUCCCAAGCCAAUUACGGUUACGGCUCCAUGCAGUCCGCCAACUCUUCCCGGGGCUAUGAUUUUGGCUACGGUGGCAAUAAUGGCGGAGGCGGUGGUGGUGGUGGUGGUGGCGGCGGCAGAGACGGACAGUAUUCAGAUCUUUCCCGACGUGACUCCUAUGGGGGGCAUGCCAUGGGGUCCUCUCAGAGCGACUUUAUGCAAAGGAGGAUGGGCUCUCCGUCCCAAGGCAAAGUUCAAGACUUUUUGGGGGCCACCCCCAACAUGUUCCCUCACGUAUGUGCUCUUUGUGACUUUGACGUGCAUUCCAACAUGGAGUGGAAUCAGCACACUAAUGGACUUCGUCAUGCAGAGAACCGGAAGCAUCUUCUUCAAAUGUACCCAGAGUGGGACCCAGGGAUGGCCAAAAACACAUCUGGGGGCGGCGGCCAUCACAUGGACGCGCCCAAUCUCUCUGCUGGCCUGCUGGGACCGAUUCCCAUGUCUCAGGGCCAUUCAUCGGGUGGCAUGCCCUCCAGCUGGGGAGGUGGGCCUAACUCUGGCUUCUCGAACAAGGGCAUGCAACAUUCCGGACAUUCAAAGAUAAUGAGCCGAGUGGUGGUGGCCAAGUAUGACCGAAAGCCCCUCAGCAAGAGUUUGAUCGCCUUAACCGAACCGUUCGGCACCCUGAGAGAGCACCUGGUGCUCAAGAACAAGGCCUUCCUGGAGAUGGAUAACCACCAGGAGGCGAUGGACAUGGUGAACUACUACAAGAAGCACACAGCCAACAUGAAUGGGAGGCCCCUCACCUUCUACCUGUCCAAGGACCUCAUGGUCAUCGAGAAAAAGAACCGUGGCGCAGUACCGCCGACGGCGCGCAGCCCCAGAGAGGUGAAGGGGCAGGGCAGCCAGGUGGUGUUCUUCUCCAACCUUCCCAGGGAGGAGGACAAGAAGAUGGAGCUGCUCACUAUCGCGGGCCGCUUCGGCACCGUGGAGAAGCACCUCUUCCUGAACGAGGAGGCGUUUGUGCAGCUGGGCUCCCAGGAGGAUGCAGAGAUGAUGGUGAAGUACUACAGCGUCAACCCCCUCAACAUCCGGGGCCGGCCCAUCCGACUCAACGUCUGCACCAAGUACAAGACCCUCAGUGUGAACCAGAGAGGAGGGCACCCGUACCGAGGAGACCGAGGGGACGGCGGGGGCCGACGGAGCAGAGAUGACCACAGCCCUCCCCCGUCCAAGAGCCCGUCCAAGAGCAGCUCCUCCAAAGCCUCGGCCUCCAAGGGCAGGGAGGAGAAGAAGAAGUCUGAGUCGAAGCAGCAGCCUGUGGAGAGGAAGACCAAAGUGGAGGAGAAGGAGGAAGAUGAGGAGGGUGCGGGCGCGUUGGAGGGAGAGGAAGGAGGAGAGGAGGAGGAAGAGGAAGACAAGUCCAAAGGAAAAGAGAAGAAGGACUUGAAGAAAAAGAAGGUGGAGGAGUCUGAGGCACAGUCCACAGCUCCAGAAGAGGAGGAGGAGGAGGGGAAAGAGGAGGAGGAGGAUGAAGAGGAGUCGAAGCAGCCUCCGACAGAAGUCCAGAAGGCGUCGGGAGAGGAUCUCCCCGACGGCGCUCCGGACGGGAAAGACGGUUCCGAGGAGGAGAAGGAGGCAGACGACGAGGGAGGAGAGGACAGGGAGAUGGAAAGCCAGAGUGGACCGGGGGAGGACCUGGAGGGCAGAGAGGAUGCUCCUGCAGAGACCUCCGACAUGACCGAAGACGACCUGCAUGAAGACAUGGAGGGCAGCAUGAACGAGGACUUCCCGGAGAACAUGGAGGACUUUGUGACCCUGGACGAGUUGGCGGAGGACGAGGACGCCCGCUCGGAGCACUCGGACUCCAUUGAUAAUUCAAGAAAAGGGGGCAUGAGGGUAGUGAACCUGGUGGGGUUCCGGCGCGGCUACGGCUUCCUGGGAGAGCUGCUGGCGCUGGCCAAGCCCUUCGGAGACGUGGUCAAACACCUGGUGCUGGACCUGAGGCCCGAGGCGUAUCUGCAGUUUGCGUCGGAAGAGGAGGCCAAAGCCAUGGCACGGUUCUACAACGCCAACGUCAUGGCGACGGUGUGUGGAAAACCCGUUCGGAUCAGCCAUUCCCAAACCUAUCCCACCAUCCAGUGUGGUGCCAGUAAAGUGGUGUAUGUCGGACAGCUCCCCAACACCAAGUUCAAGGAGGAGGACGUCCUGAAACUAGCCGAGUCCUUCGGUAAAGUCAGGAAAUACUUCCUCAACAGGAUCCGCAGAGAGUGUUUUAUCGAGAUGGAAGAUGCGGAGGACGCAGAGAAAAUGUCAGAUUUCUACAAAAAGAACCCACCUAAAAUGCAGAACAAGCGCCUCAGUGUCUACGUCAGUAGGAAGUACAAGCAGCUCAAGUACGGCCACAGAAGGCCCAUGCAGGACGGGGUGAAGAGGCCUGCCAAGAGGGAGAGCUCCAGCAGCACCACCUCCAAGACCUCCAAGAACACGGAGGAACCGCCCUCCAAGAAACCCAGAGAGGAGAAGGUCCCAGAGGACGAGGAGGAGGAGGAGAAGGAGGACGCAGAGGAGAAGGAAGAGGAGGAGGAGGAGAAGACUGAGGAGAGCUCGACGGAGGAGUCGGGGGAAGCGACGCAGCCACAAGCCGGCGCAGAGCCCCCCACCCUGGGGACGGAGGAGGCGAAGGAGAGCCCUGACAACCAGAAGACUGCUGAGGUCAAGUGUGAGGAGGUGGAAGGGGAGGUGGAAGGGGAGCUGGAGGUCCCUGCCGGCGCCGCUGGUAAAGCCAGCCAGGCUGAGAGCCCCACGCCGGAACCCCAGCCCGCCGCGGAGGCCAAGCCCCCCAGCGCCUCGCUGCCGCUGGCCCCGUACGAACCAGAGACCCCCCUCGGUGUGGAGUACGUGAAGAUGGGUUACUACUGCAGGGUGUGCUUCCUCUUCUACUCCAACGAAGACACGGCCAAGAAGGUCCACUGCAGCAGCAAGGCGCACUAUGACAAGCUACAGAAACAUCUUGAAAAAGAGCAGGCGAAGGCCCAAACCCCCAAGAAAGGGAGGAAAGCUGAAUAACUUUUUUGUUUUGUUUAAGACUGCAUGGUAUUUACCCAACUGUUCAUUUUUGGGAUUUGAAUGUGAUGCACACUACAAGAAACUUAGUUGAAUGUUGCAACUGUUGAUCUUUUUUAAUAAAUGUAGAAAAAGAGAACUUU